CAGCGUGCCGCAGAUCCACGCACUGUGAUUGGCUGAGAACAAGGCAGAGUUGAAAGUUGAAGCGUGAAGUGACAGAAGCAACAAAGAGUAGAAGCAGCGAUGAGCGGCGAUAACAAGCGUUUAAUGUCAAUAACUCUUCGCCUGGACACAGCAGUGGUUUGUCCACAGCCUAAAGUCUACAGUUGGUGAGACAUGAGUGGCACAGUCCGCCAGAUCACAGUAACCACUGAUCCAAGUACCCCAUACUUCCUGCGGGUGGACUGGGCAGAGGACCUGGGUGCUGGAUUUACAUUAGCUCUCACUGAUGGCAGCUCGGCGUGGAUCGGAGAAGUUUCAGAAGAUGAGGUGUCAAGGGAAGCCAGUGAACUGGGAGUGACAAGAGAAAACUAUGUGAAGGAUCUUCUUCAAGCUCUAACAAGAAGUGAAGAAGGAAGAGGAGGACGAGGACGAGGGAGAGGGAGCAACAAGAAGGCGUAUUCUUUCCACCUGACUCCAGAUCAUUGUCAUCUUUCAUAUCAGAAGUUCUGUGAUGACAUCACGGUGGACUUGGGCUCGGUGGAGCUCCAACCGGCUCCAGACCCUCUAGAGCUGAACCGGGAGAUGAUUGGCCAGUCCCUGAAGCGCAGCACAGAUCUGGAGUCAGAAAACUGCCAGCUACUGGAGGAGAACCGUGGACUGAAACAGGAACACCAGCGAAUACUCACAGAGCUGGAGAAGCAUGUUCAGGAUAAGGAGAUGAUGGAGAAGAAGCUUUACUCACGUUUUGUCCUGGUGCUGACUGAGAAGAAGGCGAAGAUCCGAGCCCUGCAGGACACCCUCCAGCAGCUCCAGCAGAGUGCUGACAAGCGUCGCAGUGAAAAUGAAGCAACUUUGGAUGAAGAUGGUAGUCAGGACAGAGGAGGGGAGACUGUUCCCAGCAUCCACCCAUCUCAGGAGCCAACCAUCCUAAUCACAGGUCGUAAUCUCGUGUGCCACGGCGUCACUGUGGACCACACGUUUUCUGACAACGAAGACGAACAACCGAGACGGAAGCGCAGGUUACAUCACACUCUGAGCACCGAACCCUCCGAGCAGGAAUAAAAUCACAGAUGAUAUCCAGGACUCAUCAACAUGAUAUAGCCCUAAAUCCAAGGCCUUUUUCCUGACAAGCAAUUAGCUGGAUCCCUGUCGAGCUAUGUGGUGAGCUAGUCAACGCUCAUCUCAAUACACACAACCAAAACUGUGACAACCAGGCAACAGCAUCCUCAAGCUGUCCCCAGACUUUAUGCCAGAUUUGGUCCCAGAUUGUGAAAGCGAUUUCCAGAAAACACGAGCAUCUGGUUUGUUUUAACUGUGACAAUUACCUGCCAGAGUUCUCACGAGAGAACUCGCCUUUCAUACUCAAUAAAUGAUGAGGAGAUGAACGCCGCCAGUUGUGCUGUGGAGGCUCUGCUCAGACGCGUUGGUAUUCGUGGGGUAAUAUUCACUUAAUGCCCAGCAGUGCUUCCUCAGGAGCUCAUUGCGUUGCUGGUAAUGCCAUGGAGAGCAUGGCAGAGAAUGGUGACCAGGAGCAUGGAAGCAAUUUCUCAAGAGCUUGACUUCACCCUGCGCUCGACGUCGCCUGCCAAGCCCCUUGGCCUUGGCUCUGUUAGACCGGAGGAAGAGUAACAACUACUGCGGCACAACAGGCUACACCCAGAAAACAGGGUGUCACCACCAAGGAACCGAAGCUGCUUUGUUGCUGCUUAUUCAUCAUGUCUUGCUGAUGCUUUCCUCCCUCUUUUCAUUAUGAAAAUAAACUGUAUGCCAUCUCUUUCAUUUCCACUAAACUAGCAUUUUGCAAAAGAUAAUUUGUCCCCCACGUUUUCUUCUUGUUUACAUCUGCCCUUUUAUUGUGUAGAUGUUCUAUGGCCCACACUACCUGAGGCCUGUUUUGCAGUGGGUUAGAAGGGUUAUGUUGGAUUCGCCUCUUCACCUCUUCCUUUAUCUUUUCUAUCAGCUUUAGGUCUCAAGGUCAUCCCACUGACAAUAAUGAAGCUAGGUAGACCCUACCAUUACCAUUAUUUGACCAUUCUACCUUUGACUUCUGAACCCGCCUGCCGUCUUUGAUAAUUUGGAUGAUACAUAUAUGUCUCCUGAAGACCACAGGUGGCCGUCGGGAUAAUCCCACAACACGCGCUCGCUGCUGUAGUAAUCCCUGCAGGAAUGUCACACUCCUUGAUAAAUCCUGUCAAUAAAGGCGUUUUAUGCAGGAAGGUAUAGAUCGGUGACCGAGGAUAAUUGACGGAUGAGCGCAUGACAACGCGCUGUGGAGGAGGAGACAAAGUGGGAAAAAGAGGAGAAGCCAUUGAAUCUUUCAUUGUUUUCAUUCAGAAUAAAUAAUGAUGCUGUGUUUUAGUGUAGAGUUGUUUCCUUAUUUUGAGAAAACUUGAUGAUUUCUUGUCUCUGGUAAAGACUGUAAAUAUUUCCAUUUUCAACCAGUUAACUGAUUUCUUAAUUGGAUUUUAUUUGUGUAUUAAAAAUACACUAAGGAGCUAUCAAUGUUUAUAAAUGUUUUUCAAGUUUUGCAAAUAUGUGUUGUGAAAUGUUUCACCAGAUAAAGCCUGUGAUUUAUUGUUAGCUUUACUGAAAUAUACAUUUUACAUUGCAGUACUUUAGCCUUGUGCAUUUUCUGAAUCUUGAAUCAUGGUGAGGACUGAAUGAGGACUGAAUUAGAUUGUUCAGAUAAAUUUAGCUGAACGCCUCGAUGUGUCCAAGGAUUUUAUCGUGUAAGGGAUCCAUGCACAAAUUUAAGUGUAAAUCCACAAGUGUUUAUUGGCUAAGCCUGAAGUAUGCCGAGGAAGUCGUCUGAAUUUCUAUUGAGAAUAAAAUAUGGGAAGUGUUACAGACGAUGAAAUGUUUUUUUUCAGAUACACAGAAAUUAUUUGAAAAUAAAGAUGCAGAUGUUACUCAAGUAAAAAGCUUUCAUGAGCUAUCGGAAAUUUGAUUUUGCCACUUCUGCUUUGCCAUUUGGUGCACGGUGUACUUCUGUAUCUGGAGUGCGGGUGUGGCUGUUAUCUUUAUACAUUGAGAACGUCCGAUUUUGUAGCACCAACCUGCACAAAGGCCAUAAAUUAUAUUGAGAUGAAUUCAUUGGUUUUCUCCACAUUUUACAUUUAAACCUUGUGGCCCUCUUCCAUGGCAGCCUCGAUCAAUAUCGACCAUACACAGGCUCCUUUAACAGAGAGGGUUAACACUGUGAGCGAGUGAUGAUGGCUGUGCGAACCUGAAAUUAAACAUCCAGUCACUCGCUUAUCAUCGUCAUUCACUUACUGUGUGCACCUGUAGGAUUCCCAUCGUCCGGGGAAAUGACUGGAGUCUUCCUCCUUCCCUGCCACAGCGCUGUGGUGAGACAGAGCGGUCUUUGUGUUACCUGUUCAUACAACUACAGCCCUUAUCUUCUAGUAUAACAAGACAUCACCAGAUGUUUGAUAUCCAUUGAUAAUUUCUAAGAUAAAGUGUUAAGCUUCCCUCAGUUAAACCAUAAAAGCCCCAUGAUAUUGUAUAGAGUCAGACACUACACAUUGCAGAUCUUCUCUGGCUGCUUCGCUCAGUGGCCGAGCCAAACAGAAAUCUCUUCUCCACAUUUAAUGCUGACUCGUCUUCCAGUCAUGGAGGCGUCCCUUGAUCUGGCCUAUACAAGUUUUGCACGUGGCAAAGAGUAUCAGCUUUGUUUCAGCCCAGUGGUUAAAACAGCCUUUUGAUCAUCACAAGUAAUGAGUGGGUCCUCGUUUAGAUGCUGUUGUGAAGUGAUUGGCCUCAUUAACCAAAUGUCCUGCAGGUUUUUACAGGAUGGUGGUUGAAUAUUAAGAGUGUGAUAAAGGCGACCUACUGCAGUGUGCUCGAGACUUUCUCUUUUUUUCACUUUUUCACUUUUUUUGUGAAGAAGUUGGAAACUUUUUUACGAAAGGUGUUAUAUAACAAAUAACUCUCUCUGUCUCAUAUAUAUAUAUAUAUGGCUGUCAAUCAUGACUUUUCCCCUCUGAUGUUAUGGCAUCAAAAAACGAAUUAAAUCCAAGCUUAU